GUGCCUCUGAUACUACCGACGACUCGUUCAAUUCGGCAGGUCAGAUUCAGCUUCGCACUAUGUAACACAUGUCCUGAGAUAUGAGCGUCCUCCCCGCCCCGGGGUAAGACAGUAAGACAUCGAGCUACUUACCUCCAUAUCGGAAUGCUCCUAUCGACGUCAGAAUCCCCCGCGGAGCCUGCCUUGAUUCCUGUGCCUGCGCCAAUUGAUCCGAAGUCCGCUGCUUGUUCGGGAAGUUGGCGUCUGCGGUGUAAGAUGCAUGCACAUGUGUAUAACCAUGGGAUGGGAUUGUAGUCGAACCCGGGAGAGAUCGACCAGCGCCCAGAUUCCGAUCACAAGCUUAGGUAAAUGGACUGACUCGUGCCUGGCAUUACCUGGGUAUAUAGUGUAACCAACCUGCCCUCCUUGAUUCGCCUGGUAACACCCUCCUCCUCCGUAGGUAGAUUACUAGAACUACUAGAAUCGACACCUUCGACACCUUCAUCAUGAGGUUCUCGUACACUCUCGGCGGUCUCCUGUCCGCGAACGCAGUUCUCGCUGCGCCGAUGCCGGCUCCGGUUGCUAUGCCUAUGCCCAUGCCGACUCCUCCCGGCAUCCCCUCCGCCUCGUCCGCCAAAACCCAGCUCGCCGCCCUCACCGUCGCGGCGCAAGUCGACGACGGCGCCUACGAGCGGGACCUGUUCCCGACGUGGGACACCAUCGAGGGGACCUGCAACACGCGCGAGUACGUGCUCAAGCGCGACGGCACCAGCGUCGUCGUCGGCUCCGACUGCUACCCGACGAGCGGCACCUGGACGAGCCCCUACGACGGCGGCAAGUGGACGCUGCCGUCCGAUGUGGAUAUCGACCACAUGGUUCCGUUGAAGAAUGCCUGGAUCUCCGGCGCAAACGCAUGGACGACAGCCAAGCGCGAGCAAUUCGCCAACGACGUGACCCGGCCGCAGCUCUGGGCCGUGACGGACAACGUCAACCAGUCCAAGGGCGACAAGUCCCCCGACGCGUGGAAGCCGCCGCUGUCGAGCUUCUACUGCACCUACGCCAGCUCCUGGGUCGCCGUCAAGAGCUACUGGAAGUUGACCAUUUCGUCUGCCGAGAAGACGGCGUUGACUUCCAUGCUGGCGACUUGUUAGGUCUAUUAUCAACCUGGAAAUGUGCGCCCGCAACUGAUACUAACCACUUCAUGGGACACAUCUCGAAGUAUUGAAUCGACUCGUUCGGCUUGACAUACUGACGAGCUUACUAUUCCACAUUGAUAAAGAUCAGGUACUUACUAGGUAGUUGAUUCAUAUCACCAGCACAAU